GAGGGCCACCCGGCCCGCCAGGACAGUCGCCACCGGCAGGCGCGGCGCGAUCCAUCCAUCCAUCCGUCCGUCCGUCCGUCCGUCCGUCCCAUCGCAUCCCGGUGCGGGACAUCACCCCAGUGCGGUGCGGGCUUUUAUCCCAUCCAUCCCGGCGCGGUGCGGGCUUUUAUCCCAUCCAUCAUCCAUCAUCCAUCAUCCAUCAUCCAUCCAUCCAUCCAUCCCGCCGCGGGACUGAUCGCACCCUGCUGCAGCGCGGGCCAUCCCGAGGCGGAGCGGGGCAUCCCCCGCAGCCCAUCCCGAUGGAGACCGAGGGCUACCGCUGCCGCAGCAGCCGCCACAUCGAGAGCGGCCAGUCGGCCGUGCCCAGCUCGGUGCUGUUCGCCGCGGGGCUCCUGGGGAACGUGCUGGCGCUGCUGCUGCUGGGCCAGCACCGGCGGCGCUCCCGCUCGCCCGGGGGCCGCCCGCCGCGGGUCUCGGCGUUCUACGUGCUGGUCAGCGGGCUGGCUGUCACCGACCUGCUGGGCAAGUGCCUGAUCAGCCCCAUGGUGCUGGCAGCCUACGCCUACAACCGCAGCCUCAGCGAGCUGGGGCCGGGCGGCCGCGGCGAGGAGCAGCCGGGGGUGCUGUGCCAGCUCUUCGCCUUCCUCAUGGCUUUCUUCGGGCUGGCCCCCACCCUGCUGCUGCUGGCCAUGGCUCUGGAGUGCUGGCUUUCCCUGGGGCAUCCCUACUUCUACCGGCGGCACCUGACCCGCCGCCUGGGAGCCACGCUGGGGCCGCUGGUGGCCGGGCUGUGCGCGCUGUUCUGCGCCCUGCCGCUGCUGGGUUUCGGGGCUCCCAUGCAGUAUUGCCCGGGCACCUGGUGCUUCAUCCGCAUGGCCGGGGGUGGCCCGCGCCAGCUGGGCUUCCCCGUGCUCUACGCCAGCCUGAUGGGCUUGCUGGUGCUGGCCAUCGUGGCGUGCAACGUGAGCAGCAUGCGGCACCUGUACGGCAUGGCCCGCAGGCAGCCCCGCCGCGGCGCGCCCCCCGCCGCCGCCCCCCGCAUGGAGGAGCUCGACCACCUCGUCCUGCUGGGGCUCAUGACCGUCCUGUUCACCGUCUGCUCCCUGCCGCUCAUCAUCCGCGCCUACAUGGGCGCCUUCGCCGCGGAUUUCAACGAGAACGCCGACCUGAGCGCGCUGCGCUUCCUCUCCGUCAACUCCAUCGUGGACCCCUGGGUGUUCAUCAUCUUCCGCACCUCCGUGUUCCGCGGCUUCGUGCGCCGCGUCUGCCGCAGCCUGGGCUCCCGCAAAGCCUCGCUCGGCGGCUCCAGCCCGGCUGCUGAGCCGCAGUUCUGCCCCCCGGGCUGGCGCAGGACAGACCCGCCCCAGCUCGGCAUCCCCUGAGCGCGCCGCUGCUGCGAGGAUGAGGAUGAGGAUGAGGAGCGAGCCCUCGGCCCCCGGCCCUGCCCUGGGGCGGCACAGGGCGGUGGCAGGCGGGGACAGCGUCCGGCUGCGGAUGGGUUUGCCCCUCCCCAAGCUGCGUUUUGUCCCAGGAGGAGCCGGGAUGGGGCUCCCGGGGAUCUGGGAUGUCCCGAGCUGCAGCAGCGCUUUGGGGAGGGUUUGGGGAGCGCCCGGCUCCAGGAAGGCAGGAGGGGUCUGGAGGGAUGUUUGGAGGAUGUUUUGGGGGGCAGUGGGGACACACAGGGAGGAGAAGUGUGGUUGUGUCCCCGUGGAAUAAAAGUGGUUCGGUGUUUCAUCACUUUGUCCUGUGCACGAUCCCAUUCCACGCCAGGGG